AUGGCCGCACAUAUCAAGCCACUCAUCCUUCACGCCCAUGCCACGGGCCCAAACCCAGUCAAAAUAGCCAUGGCACUCGAGGCGCUCCAUGUCCCAUUCGAAGUGAAGUUGUGGGACUUUAGCGACAAUCCGAAAAGUGGCGUGAAGGGCACAGAAUUUCUCAAAAUCAACGAGAACGGGCGCGUUCCUGCCAUCGAAGAUCCCAACACCGGUGUCGUCUCGUGGGAAUCCGGGGCAUGCAUGAACUACGUCCGCCGUGUUUAUGACAAUGGUAAUACGAUUGGUCCGUCUGGCGACUCGGCUCAAGAUCUUGUGGAUUUUGAAAAGUGGGAGUAUUUCUUGUUGACAACGCUUGGCCCCAUGACAGGACAGGCAACCUGGUUUAAAAACUAUAACCCACAAAAGAAUGAUGAUGCACUCCAGCGAUAUACAGCGCAGAGCUAUCGCUGCUACGAUGUUCUUGAGGGUCAGUUGAAAAAGACUCACGGUGAAAGCAUUGUACCCAGUCGGGUCACUGCCGUUGAUUAUCAUUUUGAGCCUUGGGUACGCGCCUCGUCCUACGCUGGCCUUUCACUUGACAACUAUCCUUUGAUCAAGAAGUGGCUGGGGCUUAUGGCGACACGGGAAGAAGUCCAGGAAGCAUACGUCAAGGUUCAAGGUAAAAAGUGA